GGAGGAUAGACAUAAAUUCAGCAAGGUCUGCAUGAUCGCCAACAUAAGGCUUUUACAGCCUUUACUUCACGACUGUCUUCUCCCAAAUCCGCCCCCGUUCGUUACGUUUGACUGAACCCAGCAUGAGGCUCUGCUCGUUUUUAGCGCUCUCGUCGCUCGCGCUGGUGCAAGCUGCGCUCAAGUACAAGGGCGUGGACUGGUCGUCUGUCAUAGUCGAGGAAAAAGCCGGCAUAUCGUACACCACCACGAGCGGAAGCACGCAGCCCUUGGAGAAGAUACUGUCGGAGAGCGGCGUCAACACGGUGCGGCAGAGAAUCUGGGUCAACCCGGGAGAUGGCAACUAUAACGUAGAUUACAACUUGAAGCUGGCCCGGCGGGCAAAAGCUGCUGGUUUGGACGUCUAUCUCAACUUCCAUUACAGCGACACAUGGGCCGACCCCGGACAACAGGCGAUCCCCUCGGGCUGGCCGACAGGCAUCGAUGAUCUCGCGUGGAAGCUGUAUAACUACACGCUAGACGUAUCGAACCAGUUUGCUUCGGCCGGAAUCUCGCCCACGAUUAUCUCGAUCGGCAAUGAAAUCAGAUCUGGCCUUCUGCUCCCGACGGGCUCGACGAACAACUUCUACAACGUGGCCCGACUUCUGCACUCCGCCGCCUGGGGCAUUAAGGACAGCAACUUGUCCCCUAAACCACGCAUCAUGAUCCACCUAGACAACGGGUGGAAUUGGGACACCCAGAAAUGGUGGUACGAAUCCGCCCUCGCCGCGGGUCCUCUGACCGCCUCGGACUUUGACAUGAUGGGCGUCUCAUAUUAUCCGUUUUACGGUUCGGCGGCGACGCUCUCGAGUCUCAAGUCGAGCCUUACUAACAUGGCGAACACCUGGGGUAAGGAGAUAGUCGUUGCCGAAAUAAACUGGCCAACUUCGUGUAGAUCCCCCGCCUACCCGUUCCCCAGCGACGUGCAGAGCAUCCCUUUCUCGGCAGAAGGCCAGACUACUUUCGUGAAGAAGGUCGCCGAGAUCGUGGCUGGUGUGAAGAACGGCAACGGCAUCUUCUACUGGGAACCUGCUUGGAUGAACAACCAGGGACUUGGGUCAUCAUGCGAGUCCAACACAAUGUUCUCGUGGCCCGGGAAAGAGUUGUCUAGCCUCGAUGUCUUCACAACGAUCUGAAGGCCGCCACGCUUUUCAACGGGACAAAGACGGGAGGAUAGUGACAGGUUUUAGUUUUAAACCCUCGAAAAAUCUUGCAAAGGGACACGAAACGGAUGCGAUCAAGGCUUUGAGUAGUUUACCACAGCCAAUGUGCCUCGGCCACGAGCUUCUUUUUGCCUAUUUGACCUAUCCUUUGUGAGACUACCCGCACUUGGGCAAACG